AUGCCUCAACUUGCAGUCUCACUUCCUUCCCUGGGAAAGGCCCUAAGCAGCAGCAGCAGCAGCACCUCCUCACAUCCUGCUAAAUGCAUUUCGGAGUGCAUUGCUGGGAGCAAUGUGGCGCCACCCAACCUUCUCAGCUUCUUCCAUCUCCCUGCUCUUGAGGAACCUCCAUGCCAGGGCAAAGAAGAUCCGAACUGCACUCUGAAAAGCAGGAAUUCUAUGGAUUUUCACU